GAGCAGACAGGCAGCUGAAGUGCUAAAAGUGAGUACAGCUUAGCAGACAACACUGCUUUAAAAUCUGACUCCACAAUCAACAGGUGAAAAGGCCACAGAAUCCAGAGUCCAUACUACCUACAUACAAGACAUGGGGAAGGGCUUCUUCAUCAGCAAAGCUGUAGCUUUAACCUGUUUGGUUGCAGCCAUCGCUGCUGUGACCACCACCACAGCCUUGUCUGUGGUUUACGCUCAGGAGGAGGCAGAGAAUGAAGUGCCCACCCCACCAUCCAACCCAAAGGAGCCCUGGCAGCAGUACAGACUUCCAGAUUCCCUGUCUCCUGUCUCCUACAAUAUCAUCCUGUGGCCCCGGCUGGAGCCCAACGCAGACGGCCUGUACAUCUUCACUGGAAACUCCACAGUGAUCUUCAGAUGUGUGAAGGAGACUGAUCUCAUCCUCAUCCACUCCAACAAGCUGAACCUCACCAGCUUCGGGGGAUACUUGGCCCAGCUGAGGGGCCUAGAUGGAGCCACUGCGCCCAGCCUGAAAAGCACCUGGCUGGAGAUUCCUACCCAGUACCUGGUGAUCCAACUCAACAGCCCACUGCAGGCCGGCAGCACGUACGAGCUUUUCACUGAGUUUGUUGGAGAGCUGGCUGACCAACUGGGAGGAUUUUACAGGAGUGAAUACAUGGAAGAUGGGGUGAAAAAAGUUGUGGCCACGACUCAAAUGCAGGCAACGCAAGCCAGGAAAGCCUUCCCCUGCUUCGAUGAGCCCGCUAUGAAAGCUGUCUUUCACAUGACUCUCAUUCACCCCCAUGACACUGUGGCUCUGUCCAAUGGCAUGAACUACGAGCCUGUUAACGCUCCUGUGGACGGACACAUUCAGACAAGCUUUGAACCCACCCCGAUUAUGUCAACCUACUUGCUGGCUUUUGUUGUGUCCGAUUUUGCAUUCAAUACAUCGACUCCUGAUGCAGAAGUUUUGAUCAGGAUCUGGGCUCGCAGGAAGGCUAUAGAGGAGGGCCAGGGAAACUAUGCCCUAGAGAAGACUGGGCCCAUACUGGCAUUCUUUCAGAAGUACUACAACUCUUCUUACCCUCUGAGCAAGUCAGACCAGAUCGCACUUCCUGACUUCAGUGCUGGAGCCAUGGAGAACUGGGGCCUGAUCACCUACAGAGAAACUACCCUCCUAUAUAAUCAAGGCGUGUCAUCCAUUACAGACAAGGGGUUUGUGGCAAAAACCAUCUCGCAUGAGCUCGCUCAUAUGUGGUUUGGAAACUUGGUGACCACGAGGUGGUGGAAUGACCUGUGGCUCAAUGAGGGCUUUGCCACAUACGUCUCUUAUCUUGGAGCCAACUAUGCUGAACCACUGUGGAAUAUGACAGAUUUAAUAGUUCUGAAUGAGAUCAUUGGUGUGAUGGGUGUGGAUGCCUUGGCCUCCUCUCGCCCCCUCUCCUCCCAAGAGGAGGACAUCCUAACACCAGACGACAUCGGUGAACUGUUUGACUCCAUCACAUACAGCAAGGGAGCUGCAGUCCUCAGGAUGCUCUCAGAGUUUAUCACUGAGACUGUCUUUUCCAAAGGACUUAGUACGUACUUAGAGGAGUUCAAGUACAAGAACGCAGUCUACACAGACCUCUGGAAGCACCUGCAAAUGGCAGUGGAUGAAGCAGGUAUAGAUCUGCCCCACUCUUUGGAGGAUAUCAUGAACCGCUGGAUACUACAGAUGGGUUUCCCAGUGGUCACCAUCGACACCCAGACCGGAAAAAUUACCCAGCAACACUUCCUGUUGGACCCAGACUCUGAAGUGGACAGACCCUCACCAUACAAUUAUGAGUGGAUUGUCCCCAUUACAUGGAUUAAGUCUGGUGGAGCUGAAGAGAUGUUCUGGCUUCUUGACAAAGAAGCAACAAACACAAAUAUGACUCUUGGUGCUAAUGAGUGGUUGGUGGCCAACAUAAAUAUGAGGGGCUUCUACAGAGUCAACUAUGACUCUAAAAACUGGGAACGUCUCCUUGCCAAGCUGAGCUCCGAACAUCAGGAUAUUCCAGUGAUCAACCGAGUUCAAAUUAUCAAUGAUGCCUUUAACCUUGCAAGGGCAAAGAUGGUGAAGACAACUCUGGCUCUGACAACUACCAAGUUCCUAAAUAAAGAGGUCGAAUACAUGCCCUGGGAGACAGCCCGUCGCAACUUGAACUACUUCUCCCAGAUGUUUGACCGCAGUGAAGUUUAUGGACCCAUGCAGGCUUACCUAAAGAAACAGGUCACCCCUCUGUUUAACUACUUCAAAGAGCUCACCCUCAACUGGACAAAGAUCCCAGAAAAGUACACUGACCAGUACAACCAGAUAAAUGCUAUCUCCUUGGCCUGCAAAACUGGUGUGGAAGGUUGUAAGGAGCUGACCACUGGCUGGUUCAGAGAGUGGAUGAAAGACCCAGCUGUCAACAACAUUAAUCCCAACUUGAAGUACACAGUGUACUGCAGUGCGAUUGCAGCAGGAGGAGUGGAUGAGUGGGACUUUGCUUGGUCCAUGUACAAGAACGCCACCAUCGCUUCAGAGGCUGAUAAACUCAUGUCCGCUCUGUCCUGCACCAAACAGCCCUGGCUGCUGAACAGGUAUCUUGAGUAUUGUCUGGACCCAAAGAUGAUCCGUAAGCAAGAUGUGACCUCCACCAUAAGUUCCAUUGCUAGUAACCCCAUUGGUCAACCUCUGGCAUGGGACUUUCUCAGAGCCAAAUGGGACUAUAUAUACAAUGACUAUGGUGGUGACUCAUUUCCCUUUCACAAACUAAUUAAUGGAGUGACCCAACGAUUCUCCUCUAAGUCUGAAUACAAUCAGCUGCUGCAGUUCAAAGAAGACAAUGCAGGGCAGCUGGGCUCAGCCGCUGCGUCUUUUGAUCAGGCACUGGAGAGAACCAAAGCCAACAUAAACUGGGUGGCCAUGAACAAGGAACAGGUGCUCAACUGGUUCACCAGCGAAGCUUCCUCUCCAGAGUGACACUCUCCACAGUUGAAAAUGCAGAAAUAGUAGUAAUAGUAGAGGUAGUUUUAGUAGUACCACUAGUUGUAGUAGUUGUAGUAGUAGUAGUAGUAGUAGUAGUAGUAGUUGUGUUAGCAUAGCAGCAGUAGUUGUAGUAGCAGUAGUAAUACAGAAACAAGCAGGACUUAGUGGAGGUUUAAUCAGCUAAUCAGAAUCACCUGUGUCUGGGUGGCAAUGAACAAGGAACAGGUGCUUUACUGGUUCACCAGUGAAGCUUCUUCUCCAAUUUAACACUCUCCACAGUUUUCAAAUGUAUGAUUGUUUUACUGACAUGUACUCCAGCUGGAACCAAAUAUAUUGUACAUACUGUCAACAUUUGAAAGGUUUUAGAGGGGUUUCAAGAUUUUGAAUGAAUGUCACAACACAGAAGUGUGAUAUUCUGUGCUAACCCAAAUAUUUUUUGCAU